AACAGCUCGCUCUGCAGGGGGGAGAGUGAGAAGUCACACACUCCAGGUGCUGGAACCCAGUGAAAGUGGAAGCAAGGGACAAAGGCUUCAACUGUCCUGCAUGCAAAGCCCCACAAGUGCAUGCAAGCAAGAAUGUUUGCAGUGGCCCUGACUCCUACUUGAGCUACAGCCCUGCAGGGCUGCAGCCCUACGCCCUGGACCUGUAGCUGAACAAAGCUGGAAAUAGCUCAAGCUGGGAGAUCUGUUAGGAUGAGAACGAUAGAGGAAAGUGUAUAAACAUUAACAUCUUCAGAGCACCACCCACAUCACAGGGGUCACCAACCGACCCCAGGCUGUGGACUAGAUGCUCUGCCCGUCACUUCGCUCUGCCCAGUCUGCUUCGCGUCCCGCUCGGCACCAUGAUGCUCUGGGUGGCAGUGCUGCUGUCCGCUCCCUGUGUUGGGAACAGAGCCUUGCUGACCCUCCAAGCCCGGCCGCACCUGGUGUUUGAAGGAGAUGCCCUGACCCUGCGAUGCCAGGGAAGGAAGCAUGCGGUCCUGUCCCACGUGAGGUUUUACAAAGACGGAAGUUACCUCCCAUCUUCUGAGGAACGCCCUUCUCUGACCCUGGGGACAGCCACAGCAGCAAGCAGUGGCCGGUACAGCUGCACAGCACAGGUGACCUAUGUCCUGUACGUGGGCACACAAACCUCAGAGACUAUCAUGGUUCAAGUCCGAGCGCUGUUCCCCCCUCCUGUGCUGAGCACCAUCCCCUUUUCUGGACCCCGUGUGGGGAGCCCGCUGACCCUGAGAUGCCGGACACAGCUGCUCGCCCAGAGACCGGCCUCCUCGCUCCUCUUCUCCUUCUACAAAGGUGGUCAGGCCUUGACGGGCUGGGGCCCCCACCCAGAACUCUAUAUCCCAGAAGUCCGGGCGGAACACUCUGGGUGUUACAGGUGUAAGGCCGCCCUUAGGGCUGGGCUGUUCCAGAAGGACAGCCCCCUGCUGGAGAUCAGGGUGUGGGGCCCAGAUCCUGUGUCCCGCCCUGUGCUCACCCUGAGACCGCCGCAUGCCAGCCUCACUGUGGGGCACAUGGUGGAGCUCCGCUGUGAGGCCAAGAGGGGCACCCCUCCAAUCCUGUACACGUUCUACCUGGACGGGAGGAUCCUGGGGAACCGCUCCGCUCCCCGUGGAGGUGCCAUCUCCUUCCUCUUCCCAAUGAUGUCGGAGCAGGAUGCGGGGAACUACUCCUGCCAGGCAGAGAACAGCAUCUCCAAAGAGUCAAGCAAGCCAGAGACACUCUGCCUGGAUGGUCCUCAGGUCCCGUCUGCACCCCCAAGCAGCAACAGGCUGGCUCCUUGGCUGUCUGCAGUCCUGCUGGGCGUGGCGGUCACCGCCGCUGCACUUCUGCGCUAUUUCACACCGUGGAGAAAAAACGCCUCUCGGUCCCCACCAUCCAGCCUGCUCUCCAAGGGACCUCAGCAAAUUGUGCCUUCGCAUCUCCUAGGGCCCCUGCCAGCCCAGAAUCUGCCCCCAGCCCCAGGUGAAGAGCAGGACGCACUGUAUGUCAACGUUUGUUACCAGAAUGAGAAGGAUGAAGGCAUUAUCUACUCGGAGGUGUGUGUAGUCCAAAAUAACAACAGAGCCUGGCCUUCAGAGUCAACUUCUGAGGCAGAGGUCCAGUCCAUGUCCACAAUAUACCAGGACCCUCCCAGGAGCCUCUGACUCUGCCAGGCUCUCUGAGGAAUGCACGCCAGGCCAUCUAGGAGCACAGGGUCGGCACCAGUCAAUCAGGAAGCACCCACCAAGCCCAAGCCCUCACGCCCUCUAUAAACAAGGGCCCCCCUCCCCAUGAACAGUGCAGACCCAGAGGUUGCAGGAGACACCGGUGAUGGGGAGCAGGAAGGAGCUGGCCCAACCUGAGGGCACCCAUCUCCCCUGCCCCUACGGCAGAGUUGGCCAACCCUCGGUCCCGGCACCGGGGCCCAUCUGUGAAUUGUCUUUACCCAUCCAGGAUAAGUAGAACAAUUGAAAGCAAGACCUUAGCAACUUUCAUAGAAAUCGGACAGAGUAAUUGUUUGUUUGCUUAACAUAAUCAUAAAAAAUUAGGGUUUGUAUUUUGUAUGCCUCUUUUAACUUCAAAUCUUCUUAGUAAUUUGCUUGUAUCGUAUUUUACAAACAUAUAGGUCCCCAAUGCAUUGGAAAUAAAAAAGGAAAGCAGG